AGGGCACAGGGCAGAGCACAGGGUACGGCCAGCACAAGGCACGGCCCCCUUCCUCACUCCAGGAGGGAAGGACACCCGAGAGGCAUCGUCCAUACCCACGGGACACCCUCCCCUCCCAGCAGCCCGGUUACCUUUGCCGGCUCCCACCUCUCGCAGGCCUUCGUCCUACGGACCGGAGAAACUUGCUCGCCCUGAAAUUCAACCAAGCUCGGGGUUUAGGAAUCAAGAAAAUGCACUGAAUCCUCACUUUCUCUUCCCUAGAAAGGUUUAUAUUCCUUUUUUCCCGAGUAGCACAUUGGUCGUAUCCGUUUGGAAGAAUGGAGGGAAAAUAAUCAAAUUUGAGCAGCACUCUUGCCGAAGUCUACUUAGCCAUAAACGGAGAUUCCAUUAAAAGUCGUUGAAAAUCCCGCAGGAUGAUUCCGGGCCGGUACAUUCGGUUUCCUUCCCGGAACUGCCUUUUCUCCACGUAAUGUUUGUCCAGUCCCAACUGCCACCGCUCAGGCUGAGCGCCCCGCAGCCACCCACACCAGUCCCCUCUGGAAGACGGGAAAGGAAAAAUGCUUUCGGAAAGCAGUUCGUUUAUGAAGGGCCUGGUGCUGGGAAGUCUCUUUUGUGUACUGGUUACUAUAUUCGGACAGAUGAAGAGCGGUCAUGGAAAUAAAUCUCCCCAUCACGAGCACCAUCACGUUCAAGCCCCGAACAAAGACGUCGUUGCGAAAAUUACCAAGGACGAAAGGCUGGAGCUCAGCAGGAGCAUUCGCGUGUACUGCAUCCUCCUCGUGAAGCCUAAAGAUCUGGGCUACUGGGCCGCCGCCAGGGACACCUGGACCAAACACUGUGACAGAGUGGAUUUCUUCAGCUCCGAAAAAGUUAAGGUGUUUGAGUCUAUCAGUCUCGAAACCAGUGACACGUGGACCAUGAUGAGGAAAGCUUAUAAGUUUGCCUAUGACCAGUACAGAGAUGAAUACAAUUGGUUCUUCCUGGCACACCCCACCACAUUUGCCGUGAUUGAGAAUUUGAAAUAUUUUUUGCUGAGGAAAGACACGGAGCAACCUUUUUACAUGGGCCACACGGUAAAAUCUGGAGACCUCGAGUACGUGGAUGCCAACGGAGGAAUCGUCUUGAGUCUGGAGUCGCUGAAGAGACUCAAUGGCGUCUUCGAAGACCCGGCUAAGUGCCCGGAACAGGGAGGAAUGAUUUGGAAGUUACCCGAAGAUAAGCAGCUGGCAGUUUGCCUGAAGUAUUCCGGGGUAUUUGCCGAAAACGCUGAAGAUUUUGAAGGGAAAGACGUCUUUAACGCCAAGUCGAUUGGGGCGCUCAUCAAAGAGGCCAUGUCUAAUCACCCCCAGCAAGUAGUGGAAGGAUGCUGCUCAGACAUGGCCAUCACCUUUAAUGGACUAUCUCCUAACAACAUGCACGUCAUGAUGUAUGGGGUGUACCGGCUUAGGCCGUACGGACAUACUUUCAAUGAUGCGUUAAUUUUCUUACCUCCAAACGGUUCUGACAAUGACUGAAAAUUCAGAGCAUGUUACACUGUGGAGAAUAUGCAGUCGGUUGUCAUUACCUAGAGAACUUAACUGCAUGUCCACAUAAUGGUGUUGGGGGGACGGAUUUGGUGGCGUCAAUGUAUUUUUGCACAUUAAAAUUUAGCAAAAUCUUUUAAAAGGGUUAUUUUUUUCUAAAGCUUUUAUAUAAAAAGUAUUGGGUUUCAACCAUGUUGGAAAGGAAAUGUUUUAAGAGAAGUGUCUGUGUGAGUAAAAAGUUAGAUUUCUAAGAGGUAUUUCCAGGUAUUUCUAUAAAAUUCUAAACAAAUGAACAAGAAUCCAGUGUUAAAUAUAUUUUUGCUAGAUUUUUGACUGUUGGAAUUCUUUUGUGCUAAUAUCUUUAUAUCUAAGAUAUACCAAUUAAGUCCAAGUAAAAACCACUGGAUGUGAAUUUGCUAUUAAAGUGCAACUUACAGCUCA